CCCCCACGGGGGCAAACCAGGCCCUGCCGGCCCGUCCUCCCUCGGCGCGGGGCUCACGCUGUGGAUUUGCUGCCGGGUGUUUAAGGGCUCCUUGUUGAGGAGGGAGUCAGUCGACUUCUCAGAGCUGAAGUUCCAGUUGAGGAGGCAGAGCGAUUGCCCGAGAACGCAGAUGAUGGCUGCCGAGGUGCCCAGAGUGGCCACUCCUCUCAGCCCGGUGGUCCAGGUGCCUCGGGAGGACGCUGGCCAGGAGGAGGUCACUGCCGCGAUCCUGGAGGAUGACGCCUGGGUGCAGGAGGCUGUCCUGCAGGAGGAUGGCCCUGAGUCUGAGCCGUCUUCCCAGAGUGCCGCCAAGGGCAGUCCCCAGGAGGCAGGGGCAGGAGGGCCGCAGGGUGCGCUCAGCAGACUUCGAGAGCUGUGCCGGCGCUGGCUGCGCCCGGAGGUGCACACCAAGGAGCAGAUGCUGACCGUGCUGCCCAGGGAGAUCCAGGCCUGGCUGCAGGAGCAUCGGCCCGAGAGCAGCGAGGAGGCCGCGGCCCUGGUGGAAGACCUGACCCAGACGCUCCGGGAUCGUGAUUUUGAGAUCCAGCGUGAAAACGGGGAAAACUGUAACCAGGACCUCUUUGAGGACAUGGAGUCCCAUGAGAUGUUCUCAGACACGCCCGAAGGGGAAGGCACUCAGCAGUCUGAUUGGGAAAGUGACCCUGAGAGGGACUGCAGCUCCAGAGGACCCCAGGGAAACACCCCAGGGGAGGACAAGAGGGAGAUGCCCUCCCAGGGCAGGGAAGUCGGACAGCUCAUUGGCAUUCAGGGCACCUAUCUGGGCGAGAAGCCCUAUGAAUGCCCCCAGUGUGGGAAAACCUUCAGCCGGAAAUCCCACCUCAUCACUCACGAGCGGACCCACACAGGAGAGAAGUACUAUAAGUGCGAUGAAUGCGGAAAAAGCUUUAGUGACGGUUCAAACUUCAGUAGACACCAAACUACUCACACUGGGGAGAAGCCUUAUAAAUGCAGGGACUGUGGGAAAAGCUUUAGCAGGAGCGCAAACCUCAUAACCCACCAGAGGAUCCACACCGGGGAGAAGCCUUUUCAGUGUGCCGAGUGUGGCAAGAGUUUCAGCAGGAGCCCCAAUCUCAUUGCUCAUCAGCGAACCCACACGGGAGAGAAACCCUACUCGUGCCCCGAGUGUGGAAAGAGCUUUGGCAACCGGUCCAGCCUUAAUACACACCAGGGGAUCCACACAGGAGAAAAGCCCUAUGAGUGUAAAGAAUGUGGUGAGAGCUUUAGUUACAACUCCAAUCUGAUCAGACACCAGAGGAUCCACACAGGAGAGAAACCAUACAAGUGUCCAGACUGUGGGCAGAGGUUCAGCCAGAGUUCGGCCCUCAUCACCCACCGGAGAACUCACACGGGAGAGAAGCCCUACCAGUGCAGUGAGUGCGGGAAAAGCUUUAGUCGCAGCUCCAAUCUGGCCACACACCGGAGGACCCACAUGGUGGAAAAGCCCUAUAAGUGUGGGGAGUGUGGGAAAAGCUUCAGCCAGAGCUCUAGCCUGAUCGCUCACCAGGGCAUGCACACGGGAGAGAAGCCCUACGAGUGCCUGACGUGUGGAGAGAGCUUCAGCUGGAGCUCCAACCUCAUCAAGCACCAGAGGAUCCACACGGGCGAGAAGCCCUACAAAUGUGGCGAAUGUGGGAAAUGCUUCAGCCAACGCUCGCAGCUCGUGGUGCACCAGCGGACUCACACAGGCGAGAAGCCCUACAAAUGCCUCAUGUGUGGCAAAAGCUUUAGCCGGGGCUCCAUUUUGGUCAUGCACCAGCGAGCCCACUUGGGAGAUAAGCCCUAUAGGUGUCCUGAAUGUGGGAAAGGCUUUAGCUGGAAUUCAGUUCUGAUUAUCCAUCAACGAAUCCACACCGGGGAGAAGCCCUACAAGUGCCCCGAGUGUGGCAAAGGCUUCAGCAAUAGCUCCAACUUCAUUACACACCAGAGAACUCACAUGAAAGAGAAAGUUUACUGAGGCAGCAAGAGAACAUGAGGGCCUGGUCCUGGAGAGGGAGUACCAUGCCGCCCCCCAGUAGGGUUGUCUCUUUAAAAGAGCCACUCUUCAAAAAUGCUCUUUGGGGAUUUCUGCCAGCAUCUUACCCCUGCUUCUCACCGCUAGGAUAUCUUCCUCUUAGUGUCAGAGCAAACCCUGAGAACAGAGUGUAGGUAUAGAAAGUCGGAAACGUGGAUCUUUUUCUAGUAUGUUUCACGACUUGAUCGGCUGCCUCUCUCCUGGCCCUCUGCCUGUUUUCCGUGUAGAAUGGAAGACAGCAUGGCUCAUGGCUCAGGCUGAGUCCUCAGAGAGGUACCAGAGUCUGUUGGUGUGGUGGGGUGAUUUUGUGGCCACAUUGUGGGGCUCAGGUGCCUUUACCCCAAGCUGCUGGUGUGACAGGCCCUGCCCUUGUCAGAACUGGCUUCCUGUCUUUGUGUUCUGGGCUAUGGUUCACUUCAAGGUAAGGGCUUGUCCAUUUUUGAGUCAUCAACAUGAAGGUAAAAUUCUUUUCUGUUUCUAGAAAGUGCCAGGAACACUGGAACAUGAGGCUAGGGUGUAUACGGCCUGGGACCUGUGCCCCAGCAGUCCGCUGUUGGUAAGGGUUGAACAGAGCCUGCCAGGGAAGGUUACAUAGCGAUUACAUUUUGCUUCCUGUCUUAUGGUAAGUUAGUUGCCAGGGGAACAACUUGUUUUUGUGGGGUUUUGUCUUUGAGUCUGAAGUUAAGUCUUUCCCAACAGAGGUAUAGGCAUCACUCUGUUCACUUGUCAGUUCCCUGUUCCUGGUUUUUAUUCUGUAUGUGCAGAUCUGGGGCUCUAUACAGCAGCUUUUCAAUACCAAGAAUAUUAUUUUGAAGGAACUGAGGACACAUUCUUCCCCUGAAGAGAUUUGGGAGUUAGGAAUUUGUCACUUUUGAUCUUGGGAUGCUACUGGGGCUUUGUUCUCGGGUCCUUGAGCCUUGAAACAGGAAGGACCGGGAUGAUAGCAGGUGAAGGGAUUCACUUUGAGGGAAAAGAGAAUAGAUAAGGUACUUCUGGGAAAUGUUAAAUCUUCUCCUGGGUGUGGGGCCUGGCUUAGAGUGGGCCUUGGAUCCUAUAGGAAUGAUGGACACUUAAUAUUGCCUAAUAAAGUAAUGUCCCAUUCUUCUUUAGUCUUUUUUUUUUAAAAGAUUUAUUUAUGCAUACAAGAUGAAAGCCAGAGGUGCAUGUGUGUGUGUGUGUGUGUGUGUGUGAGAGAGAGAGUGAGAGAGGAUUCACCAGAGACAGAGUGGGGAGCAGAACAGGUGGAUCUACUAAAAUACACUGCUGAGGGGAGCAGCGGGGAGACAGGAGAGGUCUGUGCCACGUGGGUAGCUCCCUGGCCAGCCCGGAAAUGAACUCGUGCUGCAGUGGCUGGCGAGAGCUUGAUAGCGCUGUCUUUAACCCCUCGCCACCAUGGAAGCCCCUAGUGUGUUAAAAACCUAAACUUGGGGGCCUCCCUGGUGGUGCAAGGGGUUAAGUGUCAGCAUUAUGAAGCUUUAUCAGCAGCCACUGCAGCGUGAGUUCAAUUCCCCGCCAGGAAGCUGACCCACAUGGCACAGUAGCCCUCUCCUGUUUUUCCCACUGCUCUCCUCAGCAGUGUAUUUCAGUAGAUCUGCCUGUUCUGCUCCCCACUCUGUCUCUGGUGAAUCCUCUUACCCUCCUGCACCUCUGGCCUGUACCCCAGUUCUUGUAAGUAAAUAUAUCUUUUAAAAACCCAAAAAGGGCUUCCUGGUAGCACAAGGGGUUAAGAUGCAGCACUGUGAAGCUGUCCGCAGCCACUGCAGCAUGAGUUCAAUCCCCCACCAGGAAGCUGACACACAUGGCGCAGCAGACCUCUCCUGGCUUGCCUGCUGCUCCCCUCAGCAGUUUAUUUCAGUAGAUUCGCCUAUUCUGCUCCCCACCCUGUCUCUGGUGAAUCCUCUCACCUUCCCACACCUGUGGCCUGUACCCCAGUUCUUAAAUGCAUAAAUAAAUAAAUCUUUAAAAUAAAAAAAACCCUAAAUUUGACUCGCUUCCCCAUCAAGCACACACCUCUCUUGCCCUGGACUGAAAGUGACCCACAUCUCGGGAAGGAGAAACUAUCAGAUAGCAGAGAACACACCGGUGCUCAGUGAGCACAUACAUCUCUCUACUGCCCUGUGCCAACCGCACAUCAAUCUGCUGACCAAGACUCGGAACAGCAGCUUCUGCGGAGGAGCCAGAUGGCCUCUUAGCAGAUGAUUCCACUGGUAAUGAUGCAGAAUUUACAAAACCAGAAAGAAUGUGUCUAACUGAGGCAGUGACACCUGUUCACCCACACCACAUUGGCUGUGCCAUCCGCAUCUUUGACCCCAUUCCUUCAAUUAUUUGGCAAACAUUUACUGAAGACUUACGUUCUAUGCUAGGUGCCAGCGAAAGGCUGUCAAUAAGAAACCCCAUGACCUUUGUGAAGUUUUGUAGGAGGAAGAUUCCCAUCUGCCUGGAUGGCUUCCCAGGUAACUUUAUAAAGUUCUAGAAUUUGUGGUUUUGGUAUUAAGAAGACAGUGGAUCUCUCUUCCCUUCACAUCUCAACCUGAAAGAAACUGAUAGUAGUUUUUGAGAUGACCAGUUUCCUUUUCUACUCCUCCCUAUCUAGUAGAAACAAAAUAUCUUGGAAAAAAGGAAACAGCAGCAGCUCAGAAGUCCUCCCUCAGGCUCCCUGUCUCCUCCAAGCCCAGUCAGGAGUUCUGGUGUAGAGGAUGGGUGCAGUGCUGGAACUGCCCAGAAUUGGUUCUCCACAGGCUUGUGCCAUGAACUAUAUACCCACAAAGUCUAAUUUUCGUUAGAGGUUUCAUAAUGUGAGGCAAGUCAUAAUGAGGUUUCCUCCUCUUUUUUUCAUGCACUUUCCCUUCCCUUUGGGUUGCAUUUAUAGUUUACAAAGAGCCAUAGUAGCUUCUAGUAGUAAUUUACAGCGAAGUUACCAAGCACUGGCACUGCCAGGUUCACAUGCCCCUCAGUCUUGACAGCACCCUGGGAUGUAGGUGCGUGUCCCUACCUUACCUUGUCACCACUUGAGGAGGGGCCAGACUCAGAAGACAGGUUCAUUAAGUCACUUGCCUAGCAGACCUGUAGCUUAACCCCUUGACUCCUGAGGUCAGGUAAGUCCACUGUUAUUAAAGUCAGGAGACAGUACCUGAGGAGCAAAUGGAGAAAUCAUUAAAAUGAAAGUGACAUUGGCAGCUGGCUUUAGCCUUCCCUGCGGGUGUCAAGAGCACCCAUAACGACAGUGGGCCCUUCCUGGCGGAG